GUGGAGGGGGCGUGGCCGGCGGUGUUUUGUUCGGUUGCCAUUGAGCAGCCCGGUCCAUACGCACGGGGGAGGCGGCGCGGCCGCUCAGGAAACCAGACAUGAUACACUGACAGCAUUUGGAAAUAAACUUUGGCAGUAAGAUGGAAGCAUAAAUCUCAAGAUUCUAGACCAAAACAGAAAUGGCUCAUGAGUAUUGAAAGAAGAGACUGAAGAGCCUCCAACAUUUGUGUGAGCAGUGGAAAAGGAACAACUACCAUGGUAACACUAAUAACAGAAAAGCUGCAGAACCAGAGCUUGGAUGAUCUGACCUGUAAAACAUACAAUAUUAAUCUGUACUCAUCUGAGAAGCUGAACAAAAGUGGCAGCUUGUUCCCUUUCGAAAUCAAUGAAGACAGUCCUUGGAAAGCUUUAAAUGGGGGUUACCCAAUCCAGCCUGACACAACCAGGAAUUCAGCUUACCCUUUCCCAGUGUGCCCGUUCAGCACCGGCGCUGCCAGCAAUGGCAGCCUGCCGUGGCAGCAGGAGCCCUCCAGCACGUCCAUGGUGUCGGGAUGGAUAAGCGAGUUGAACCUGAACGAGAACUCGGGCCAGCCGCUGGCGCCGCCCACCAAGCGCCACUGCCGCUCGCUGUCGGAGCCGGACGAGCUGGCUCGCUGCCGCUCUCCCUGGAAGCCCGGCAGCUCCAAGGUUUGGACUCCUGUGUCAAAGAGACGCUGUAACAGCGGCGGCAGCGCUACCUUGCAGCGCUGCAACAGCCACGGAAGUGCCACCUUGCAGAGAAGCACAAGCAUCAGCCUGCCACAAAACAUCCUGUCCCUAAACAACGUCUUCACCAUCACCAGCUUCAACACCUCUCCGGUACCCAGACCUUCCUCUGCCAGCAGCGGGUUUGUGGACAGCAGCGAGGGCAGCACGAGCUCCAGCGCCCGCUGGAAUUCCGGAGGCCCUUGUGACUUUAACCCAAGGCGCCGCCUGUCCCUCUCCCAGGAGCACAUCACCGAGACGGGGUGUCUCUUGCCUUCAGCCAGCAGCACUCCCACCUCCACACCCGAGCUCAGCCGGCGGCAGGGCCUGCUCAGGUGCCGCUCGCAGCCCUGCGUGCUGAACGAAAAGAAAAGCCGGCUGAAGCGCAGACGGGAGGAGGAUGUGCGAUGGAACAGGCCAUCCUUAGACUUUUUUAAAAUGACACGGGUGAGAUUUUGCUUUGCUCAGUGUGGGAAAGGGAGCUCUUGCAGAAAGGCUGUUUUAGGAUCAGCAGCACUAAUUUGUAGUUGUUGCAGAUUUGCUUGUGCCCUGUGUCCAUCACCUCUGGCAGGAGAGCGUGUUGCUUGCACCAUUCCCUAAAGCAACUUUUAGGUUCUGCCUGUGAAACCCAGUUCUUGAAGUGCAUUCUACUUGAUACAGAAUGCUGAGAGCUCUGAAAAGAUGCUUAAAAGCAGAGGCCACAGAAAAAAUGGCUUGCUUUUUGAAAAGCAAGGAAGCCACGGGGAAUGGAGUAGACAUGGUAGCAAAAAGUUGAUACCACUGUGUUUCCCAAUGCAAUUAUUUCUGAGUAAUCUUACUGCAAAUCUAUUUGAUUAAGCCUUCCCUUGAUUUGACUAAUUCUGUGAAGCUAAAUAAGAGCAAGCAAACCCCUGUAUAAAUGGAUUAACUAAAGAACCUGCAAAUAAGCAGUUGGAAAGAGACAGUAUUCUAACAUGGCAACUACAGCUGCUCUAGCUCUAUGGAGAGAUGUUUUACUCCAAAUUUUAUUUAGAAUUCUACUUCCCUCCUCAUUAGAGUAGAGGUGCUGAUUCAAGAACUAGAAAACUUCAGUUCAUUCCUAUACUUUGUAUGUAAUACAAAUGUAUAACAGAACUCACUUCUUUGGAGUUUCUUGGCCAACAGAGUUGAGUGCUACAGUUAAAAAAGUAAAACUGAAUCUAAUAGUAUGGUCAGAGAACGCUUUGUGCUUGUGAAUAUAACCCUACUGCCUUCAGUAGAGGGCUUGGGAGGCUUGUGUGCUAGUUCUGUUAUGACUAGUGGUGAGGAGGCAGUUUGCAGAAGUAGCAGUAAAAUUGUAAGGAAGGGACAUACUUGUGCACCAGUGUCCCUCUGUGUGAUGCACUCCACAAAAGAAAAGCUGAAUAGGACACAGUGUUGGCUAAAACAUGCUGUUUCUGGUACCCCAGUAUUGGUAGGUUUUACAUCAAAACACCAGUAAGACAGAUACUGGAACUAUCUGAUGCUAACUGAUUUAUAUCCACUAGCUAAAGGUCUCUGUGAUGACAACUGUCCUUCCCUUGUACUUUUUUGAAACAACUUCCUUAUAUCUUAAAGGAUUUUCCUCUUUAAAAAUACAUUUUUGUAUUUUUUAUUUAAAUACAUUUUUUGUAUUCUUUAAAAAUGCAUUUUUGGUGGAGCUGUGGGGGUAAAGCAAUCUGUUUAGUUACUGAUAAUGUUGGUAACCACUUCUGUUCUAGAUAUGACUAGACAGUGUUCUAAGUUUUGGCUAAGAUGCAAGUUUACUAGUUAGCUGAUCAGAUCUUACCUGUUUCUCUGUGUUAAUCACUGUUGGGAUUAGUUUGCUAAUCUAGACCAGAAGUAUUAUUGGAUUUGCCUUUCAACUGCCUGUGUGGUCUAAUGCAGGUUUCUUGAUGUAAAAUUGAAAACCUGCCCCUUUUUUUGGCUAGGCUCAAUGCUUGCAUUCUUCAAGCUCUGGAGGUGAGAUGCAAUAUUUCAGGCUACUGAAUAGCUUCAGUUGCUCAGAUCUUACACCUUUUAAGUAAUCCAUAUAGCAGUG